AUGGGUGGUGCGGUGGCGGCACCGCGGGAGAGGAGGAGCUUAGCUCCCAGCCAGCUGGCCAAAAGAAAACCAGAAGAUGGACCCUCUGAUGAUGACGACUGGCAGCCUGGAGCAGUGACUCCUAAGAAACCUAAGAAAUCCAGCUGUGAGACCCAGAGCCAGGAGUGUUUCCUGUCUCCUUUUCGGAAACCUUUGACUCAGCUAACGAAUCGACCACCCUGUCUGGACAGCAGUCAACAUGAAGCAUUUAUUCGAAGCAUUUUGUCAAAGCCUUUCAAAAUCCCCAUUCCAAAUUAUCAAGGUCCUCUGGGCUCUCGGGCAUUGGGCCUCAAACGGGCUGGGGUCCGCCGAGCCCUCCAUGACCCCCUGGAAGAAGGUGCCUUGGUUCUGUAUGAGCCUCCCCCACUGAGCGCCCAUGACCAGCUGAAGCUUGACAGGGAAAAACUUCCUGUUCAUGUGGUUGUUGAUCCUCUUCUGAGUAAGGUCUUGAGGCCUCAUCAGAGAGAGGGAGUAAAGUUCCUGUGGGAGUGUGUCACCAGUCGGCGCAUCCCCGGGAGCCAUGGCUGCAUCAUGGCUGAUGAGAUGGGCCUGGGCAAGACACUGCAGUGCAUCACACUGAUGUGGACGCUUCUGCGCCAGAGUCCAGACUGCAAGCCAGAAAUCGACAAGGCAGUGGUGGUGUCGCCCUCCAGCCUAGUGAGGAACUGGUACAAUGAAGUUGGGAAAUGGCUUGGAGGGAGGAUCCAACCUCUGGCCAUCGAUGGAGGCUCUAAGGACGAGAUAGACCAAAAGCUGGAAGGAUUUAUGAACCAGCGUGGUGCCAGAGUGCCUUCUCCCAUCCUCAUCAUUUCCUAUGAGACUUUCCGCCUUCACGUUGGAGUCCUCCAGAAAGGGAGUGUUGGACUGGUCAUAUGUGAUGAGGGACAUAGGCUCAAGAACUCCGAGAAUCAGACUUAUCAAGCCCUGGACAGCUUGAACACCAGCCGACGGGUGCUUAUCUCCGGGACCCCCAUCCAGAAUGAUCUCCUUGAGUAUUUCAGCUUGGUACACUUUGUCAAUUCGGGAAUCCUGGGAACCGCCCAGGAGUUCAAGAAGCAUUUUGAAUUGCCAAUUCUGAAGGGUCGAGAUGCAGCUGCCAGUGAGGAAGAUAGGCGUGUAGGAGAGGAGCGACUGCGGGAGCUCACCAGCAUUGUGAAUAGGUGCCUGAUACGGAGGACAUCUGAUAUCCUUUCUAAAUAUCUGCCUGUGAAGAUCGAGCAGGUGGUUUGUUGUAGGCUGACACCACUUCAGAUUGAAUUAUACAAGAGGUUUUUGAGACAGGCCAAGCCAGCAGAAGAGUUGCGUGAGGGCAAGAUGAGUGUGUCUUCUCUUUCUUCCAUCACCUCACUGAAGAAACUCUGUAAUCAUCCAGCUUUAAUCUAUGACAAGUGUGUGGAAGAGGAGGAUGGCUUUGAAGGUACCUUGGACAUAUUUCCCCCUGGUUAUAACUCCAAGGCUCUAGAGCCUCAGCUGUCAGGUAAGAUGCUGGUCCUUGAUUACAUUCUGGCGGUGACCCGAAGCCACAGCAGUGACAAAGUAGUGCUGGUGUCCAAUUACACUCAGACAUUGGACCUCUUUGAGAAACUCUGCCGAGCCCGAAGGUACUUAUAUGUUCGCUUAGAUGGCACAAUGUCCAUUAAGAAGCGAGCCAAGGUUGUGGAGCGCUUCAACAACCCAUCGAGUCCUGACUUUGUCUUCAUGCUAAGCAGCAAAGCUGGGGGCUGUGGCCUCAAUCUCAUCGGGGCUAACCGACUGGUCAUGUUUGACCCUGACUGGAACCCAGCGAAUGAUGAGCAAGCCAUGGCCCGGGUCUGGCGUGAUGGUCAAAAGAAGACCUGCUAUAUCUAUCGCCUGCUGUCUGCAGGAACCAUUGAGGAGAAGAUCUUUCAGCGUCAGAGCCACAAGAAAGCACUGAGCAGCUGUGUGGUGGAUGAGGAGCAGGAUGUGGAGCGACACUUCUCUCUUGGCGAGUUGAAGGAGCUGUUUACCCUGGAUGAGGCUAACCUCAGUGACACACAUGACAGGUUGCGCUGCCGCCGCUGUGUCAACAACCACCAGGUCUGGCCACCCCCUGAUGGUUCUGACUGCACCUCAGAUCUGGCUCAGUGGAACCAUAGCACUGAUAAGCGGGGGCUCAAGGAUGAGGUACUCCAGGCUGCUUGGGAUGCUGCCUCCACUGCCAUCACCUUUGUCUUCCACCAGCGUUCCCAUGAGGAGCAGCGGGGCCUCCACCUUUAA